AUGUCUGGACGUGGAAAGAAACAGGCAGUGGCUGGCAAACCUGGAGCUGCACUAAAGAAAACCAGAUCAGCCAAGGCCGGUCUGCAGUUCCCCGUGGGUCGUGUCUACAGGCUCCUUAAAAGCGGGAACUACGCUGACAGGAUCGGUCCUGGCGCUGCCAUCUACCUGGCUGCAGUGCUGGAGUACCUGAGCGCUGAGAUCCUGGAGCUGGCGGGGAAUGCUGCACGGGAAAACAAGAAAGCCAGGAUCCUACCUAGGCACAUCCAGCUUGCCGUGAGAAACGAUGAUGAGCUGAACAAGGUCUUCUCCUGCGUGACCAUCGCUCAAGGGGGGGUUAUGCCAAAUAUCCUUUCGCAGCUCCUUCCCAAGAAAACUGUCAGAGAUGCUUCGCCUUCUCAGGGACAAGUUGGUAGCCAGUGA